AUGGUAACUUGUGAGGUGAUGCUUCCAGACUCGUCGGACUGGAUAAUAAUCUCGGUUGUGUAUGCUUCAAAUGAUGAGACAGAAAGGAAAUUGCUAUGGUCUGAGCUAAGAGAUUUAUCUGUGGAUAGAAGAAUUCAGGGGAGAGCUUGGCUAGUAAUGGGAGAUUUCAAUCAAACUCUCAACCCUCAAAAGCACUCGAUCCCGGCAGCACAAUCUAUCAACAGAAGAAUGUUGGAAUUCCGAAAUACUUUGCACAAUGAAGAUCUUUCAGAUUUAACCUUCAAGGGAGAAACUUUUACUUGGUGGAAUAAAUCAGCCUCUCGUCCAGUAGCUAAGAAGCUUGAUAGAGUGCUGAUCAACGAGUAUUGGAUGAAUCAGUUCCCCGCCUCGUACGCAAAGUUUGGCGAACCGGACUUCUCCGAUCAUGCAUCCUGCGGUAUAGUUCUUGAUCACGGCUCGCUUUCUCAGAAAAGACCUUUCAAGUUCUUCAACUACCUCCUACAAAACAGUGACUUCCUAUCUAUCAUAGCCGACCACUGGUUCUCCUGCUCAAUCUCUGGAUCAGCCAUGUUUAGAGUCUCUAGGAAGCUGAAGUCUUUGAAAAAUUCAAUCAGAAGAUUCAGAAAACAGAACUACUCAGGCAUCGAAAAGCGUACUGCUGAGGCGCACGAGAUCAUGCUAUACAGACAGCAAAGAGUGCUUUCAGAUCCUUCACCGAAUAAUGAUUUGUUAGAGCUAGAAGCUCAAAAACGUUGGGGUAUCUUGGCUUCAGCAGAAGACGCUUUUCACCGGCAGAAAUCAAGAGUAACUUGGCUGAAGGAUGGUGAUUCAAACUCAGCUUACUUCCAUCGAGUUGCAGCAGGAAGAAAGGUUCUGAACCACAUCCACUACUUAGUUGACGAGAAUGGAGAUCGUGUGGAGUCAGACCAAGGGAUUAGAAGCCACUGUGUAAAUCACUUUCAAAAUUUCUUGGGAGGUGAUGUUGGGGAGAAAAUGUUUGUCCAAGAAGACAUUGAUCUCCUGCUUCUUUAUAGAUGCACAUCUGAGCAGAAGGCUUUCCUACAGGCGGAGUUCUCCUCAGAGGAUAUCAAAGAGGCUUUUUUUUAUCUUCCAAGAAACAAAUCUUGUGGCCCUGAUGGAUACUCGGCUGAGUUUUUCACGGAAAGUUGGAAUAUAGUUGGCCCGGAGGUUAUAGAGGCGGUGUAG